AGGAAAUUCGGUCGUGGAGGAAAAGGUCGAACAGGAGGUCGAGGUCGCAAGGGAUGGAAAGCUCGUCAUCCCAACUCUAGUCGUCUUCCUGGAUUCGCUGGUGGUCAAACAACCAUCAUGAAGGCAUUUCCAAAGUUUGGUUUGCAAAACAAAAAAGGGCGAUCGGAGCGACUACUACUAAAACCGCUACAGUUGGAUACUCUUCAGCAUUGGAUUGAUCAGAAACGAAUCGAUCCUACACAAAAAAUCACUAUUGCCUCACUUAUCAAGGCUGGGUGUAUUUCUAAUGUUCGAGAUGGUAUCACUCUUUUGGCCACUGGUGGACAAUUCCUAUCCUCCGCCAUCAACAUCGAAGUCACUCGCGCAUCGCUCAAUGCAAUCCGGCUAGUUGAAAGCAAAGGAGGAAGUAUCACAACAGUCUACCAUAAUAGGGAAAUCAUUCGCGCUAUGCUGGUUCCACAAAAGUACGUCAAUGUACCCGACUUGCUUGUACCUGCCAGUGCACAACAUAUUUCCAGAUAUACAGAUCCUGAUCGUCGUGGAUACCUUUCUCACUUG